AUGGGGGGUCGCUACAGAGAGCCCGAGAGUGAGAGAGAGAGAUGUCUCACACUUAGAGGGUCCCAGGCCACAUCGUGCCUCAGCUCCUCAGCUACAAUGCCAUCUCUCCAUCAUUUAACUUUGCUGUGCAGCCUUUCUUUCCUGUCUGCUGUGCUCUCCAUACAGUGCCCUCAAUCACAGUAUGCAAGACCGAAACAGGCACCAACAUUUUGCUGCGACAGCUGCCCUCCAGGUAAACAUAUGGUCUGGCGCUCAGAAUCUACAUGUGAAAUUAGGUGCAAGUCCUGCUUGUCAGACCAGUACAGUAACAACAGCAACACGGAGCUCAGCUGCAAUUUUUGUCAAAUUUGUGACAAGUUGACCAUGGAGUAUAAGUCGCGCUGUAACAGCACUCAUAACGCUGUAUGCAGGUGUAAAGCUGGCUACAGGUGUAAUAAGCCAAACUGUGAGGAGUGUGUGUGGAUACCGACCACCACCAUGGCUAGCAUACUCCCUCCAACCACCACCACGGCCAGCAUACUCCCUCCAACCACCACCACGGCUAGCACACUCUCUCCAACCACCACCACCAAAGUCCAACCACCUUCUUCAGGAGAUACAAUGUGGUUUUUGGCCAUUGUUGUCCUCCUGUGUGCAAUUGUUGCGAUUUUUGUCAUCGCAAAAGUCCAUUCUUUGCAGAACUGGAUCAGAUACAAGCUUGGUUUAUUUUUGGCUAAAAAAUCUGCACCUGUUCAAACCUGCUCCGAAGCUGACGAAGUAUCAAAGCCGAUCCAGGAAGUCUGUGGAAAAUGUGACCAUGUUCUGGAUGUUUAAGCUACAGACAAGAACCUGGACUUAGAGGAGACAGAAUUUUACAGUUGUACAUUUGGUGACA